AUGAAAAAAUUAGUAAUAACUUGUUUGGCAGGUCUUUUCGUGAAAACAGUGGUUGGAGAUACUUUAACACCACCGGGAUUUGGAUCUUUGGAUUCUCUGGUAGUAGGAGCUGGAAAAGAUUUAAUAGCUAAAAGUCUUUUGAAAGGAGCUAAAGAUGAGUUGACAGACGCUAAGGAUAAGUUGAAAGGAGCUAAAGAUGAGUUGACAGACGCUGGAAAAGAUUUACUAGGAGCCGGAAAAGAUUUACUAGCUGAAAAUAGAAAUUUAGCAUCAGAUUUGACUAAAAAUGAAGUUCAAUCUGGCGGAAAGAAAGGUGGAGAUAAAAUGAAACCAACAUUUGUAGAUAUUCCAGAUCAAAUAAAAAAUGAAACUAUUAAUAAAGCUCCUGAGAAUUUAAGAGGAGGUUCGUCAUCUGGAAACGAAUCUGGAGAUGGAGAUGAAAAGAAGGAUCCAGUUUUAGAAUCAAUUGAAGGUGCAGAAAAGAAACUAGUAGAAGCUUUAGGAGCGGUAAAAACUAGAUUGGUGACUCAUGGAAAAGGGCACAAACCUAUUAAAGUUGACUGUGGAACAACCAGAGUUAGGGUAGUUUGUAAUAAAAAAGGCCAGCCUGAGAGUGUUGAUGAACUUCCAGAAGAAAAAGCUGAGAAAGCAUUAACUACGGAAGUUCCAGAACCUGAAGAACCAGUAGAAGGUGAAGUAACUGAUGUUAAAGAAAGUCAAGAAGCUGAACUACCGGAAGCUUAA